CACCUCUUGUCCCCGCGUAAGUACGGAGAUGGAGAUAUAUAGAGAGACGCGUCCUGCGGGUGGACGAGCACAUUACAGAGGAAAGCUGCUGAGUUCGAGGGCUGAGGAAUUUAUUGAUGAACUUAAUUGAUUCUUAAGGUUCUUAUCUCCCCUUUAUCUUGUGUUUCUUAUCAUUACUAAUUAUUUGUAACCGCCACCCUGAAGUUCAUCGUUGUAAUACUGGCCGCCGGGAUGGUGGCGUUUAUCGGAGCGGUUAUAUGCAUCAUCGCCGCGGUUCACGGCGGAUCUCCACCGGCAUCCGCAGCCGCGGCGCAGCCCCUGGCUGACAACCAUUCACUCUCACCGGGCACAACCGGGAAGGCGUUUUCCACCGGGUCCGUGGCCCGAGCAGGACCGCUGGACGCUCUUCACGGUACUGAUGCGACCAGGGAACGAGGAGGACCGGAGGCGCCAACCUUCUACGGUUUAACGGGACUAGGGACAGGAGGCAGCGCGCAGCAGGUCACUUACAGCAGACUCAUCUGCACCCCUGUCCCCGCCGGUGAGUGCAACCCGAAAAACUUUCAGCAACAAGCGGACGACCAAUCGUUAUACGCGGGAGAGGACUGGGGGUACCUGCGCACCACCGCCGAGGAGCUCCGGCAGACCGUCCUGCAGCAGAAGGAUGAGAUCCUCACGGAUCAGAGAACCAUACGGGAGCUAACGGGAAAGCUCUCGGAAUGCGAGAGCGGCUUAAAGGGACGGAAGGUCCCGGAACGGAGCGCGGGACUUGGGGAUGCGCGAAAAGAGAAUAAGGAGCAAAUCAUGAUGCGGGACGACGCGGGGUCCUCGACGCGGACGCCUCAUGCGAUGGAGGAGCUGGUGCAUGUCGUAACUCAGAUGAAAGACCGCAUUGAGAAACUGGAGUCUGAAAUGGCAGCACCAGGAUUCAAUCACACAGACGCAAGCUCACAGAAAGCAGCAGGUGCUGCUCGUAUGCCAAAGGCAGCUGCUCAGAGAAGAGUGGAAGAUCUGGAAGGAGAACUGAAGAGAAAGAUAAAACUGCUGGAGGAGGAGAGGAAAGCUCUGCGGAAAGAGACACAGAAGCAUCAAGAGCAUAUUGACUACGGACUGGACACUGUACACCAGCGGAUAAGCAGCCUGGAGAAAGGUCUCUCUGAGAACAAGUUUCCAGAGGGUUACAGGCUCUCAUUCCCUGUACGCAGCUCUUCCAUGUAUGCCAUUGUAAAGCAGGAAAUCCCAGCCCUCUCCGCUCUGACUGCCUGCAUGUGGAUCAAGCCUGCGAAGAGCAUCUUGGGAACAGCCGUUUCUUAUGCUGUUUCUGACCAGAGCCACGAAUUUGUGCUUCAGCAGUUGGUUCAUGGGCCCAUUGAGCUCAUCAUUAAUAAUGAGGUGGCGCCGUUAUCUCUGAACUUAACAAUGGGCAGAUGGCAGCAUAUGUGUGUGAGUUGGAACCGGAGAGCUGGAUCGUGGCAUGCCUACUUAGGGGGCAAACUAAAGAUUGAAGGAAGUGACCUGGCAACCCGUCACAGCAUCCGACCGGGAGGAACCCUCAUACUUGGCCAAGAACAGAGUUCAAUGGGCGGUCUUCGUUUCGAAGCAUCAAGGGCUAUGGUGGGAGAGCUGUCUGAUUUUAACAUGUGGGACCGGCCGCUUUCACACACAGAGCUCUCUGCUCUUGCCCACUGCAGCACGAGGAUGCUGGGUAAUGUAGUACCGUGGACCAGUCGUGAAGUGGAGGUUUUCGGAGGCGUCACCAAGCAACUGGCCGAACAUUGCGAGCAUCGCACCAGCGCCAGACAGUGAUGUGCUCCUGAGGCUCAUUUAAGGGUCAGAAAGUCAAAGACAGGGUGUUCAGAGAUGGCAAAGAUUCAUCAGAGAGCAAAACACCUUGCCAUGGUCAUGGUCUUUUCUUAAGGCAAAGUUUUUUGUUAGCGGUGUUUGCUGAAACAUGCCUAUCAUUACGGUUCAGGGUUAGUGAUUUGAACAAACCCUAAGUAUUACAUAACAGCGCAUAAGUCAUCCCACGCUACAAACAAGAAUGAUACCUCAAAUCAAGCAGCUUGUUGAGGAGAAGUGUGCUCUUUUUUUUUUCUAAGCAAUCAAACCUGUGAUUUUCACUUGGCAGAUGAUAAAAUGGGUGCAAAUAUUCUAGACUUAAAGGUAUAGUUCAGCCAAAAAUUAAAAUACUAUCAUCAUUUACUCACCUUAAAGUUGUUCCAAACCUGUAUGAAUUUAGUUUUUUCUGUUGAGCACAAAAGAUGAUAUUUUGAAAAAUGCUGGUAACCAAACAGUUGCUGCAAGCCAUUGACUUCCAUAGUAUAUUCUUUUUCCAUACUAUGAAUACCAGCAACUGUACCAGCAACUAUUCUUCAAAAUAUCUUCUUUUGUGCUCAAAGGAAGAAAGAAACAUGUACAGGUUUAAAACAACACGAGGGUGAGUAAAUGAUGACAGAAUUUUGACUUUUGACUGAACUGCCCCUUUAAGUUGCAGUCACAUUUUCCAUUGUUUGGUGAUUUUUAUUCAUUAAGAUUCACCGAUUUCGCAACGGGUUCAAAUUGGUCAUGUGGAUUUGCUUGACCAAAAGACAAUUGGUUUGAAAUUGACUUCUGUGUGAGAUGUUCUUCAUACAUCACUACACUAUUGACAAUUGACCCUUUGCUGGGCAUUUGAUUGACAGGCAAUCUGACUAAUCAUAAUGCAGAAUCUGCCAUUUUUGACUGACAAAUAAACCCGAUAGGAGAGUAAUUUAACGUCGGUGAAAAAUGGUGUGCAUUGAAGUCUUUCUGUUGUUGAAACAAGAUACCUUCUGAUGUUCAUUCAUGUUAAAUUCAUGCUAUAACUAGUAAAGAGGAAGAGAUGAUAAGUUCAUGUGCUUCUUGAACUGAGGCACUACAGUGGUCUGUCACGACACAUUAAACAGCCACAAAACGCCAUUUACUGUUUGAAUUUUUUCAUACAUUUUUUUAUACCUAAAAUAACCUGCUCUGACUUGUCUGUCGGCGUGUUGACUGUUUCCUCUUUGCUCCGUGAUGUAUUUUUCACUGAUGUUGCCUUAGAGCGCAUGGCUUGUCAUUCAUAGCAACAGUAACGAAGGGGGCGGGUCUUUGCGAAGGGUCAGUUGAUAAUGGAUCUUUUUUGCCAGUGAAAUUUCGCCAAAAUUUUAUUUUAAAUUAAUGUGACUACACCUUUACAUAGACAAGCCAUAUCUAGGGACCAGAAUAUUACCAGUAUCAUAGACUCUUUUUCAACUAGCAAUGUCCAAAUAGCAAUAUACUAUAUACUAUAGACAUUCAGAACGGCUCAGCAAUCACAUUUCAAUGCCCUGACAACAACCCACAACACUUCUACAUCAUACGGGCGAGUUUUGCAUGGGAAAGCAUCUCUCUUUUUAAAUUAUUUACAUCUUAUUUAUUACUAGUUAUACCUUUUUGAACAUCUGAGUGGCAAACAUCAGUGUAAACAUUUGAUGUGGGAUCUUCAGGCUCAGUGUUUGAUGAAAGGAUUUAUUUUUUUCCCACAUUUCAAAGCAAAUAUUUGCAUACUCAUUCAGAUGUGUUGUUAUUUAUACAGUGUAUUUGAUUGAAAUUAGCUUAGAAAAGACACACUCACACAGCUGGGAAUAUGUUUGCUUUUAGUCUGCCGUUUUCUAUACUAGUUUUUUUUUUUUUUUGUAUGUUUGAUCUCUUCGAGUUUUUUUUUUUUAAAGAUGUUUUUGAAUCAAACUGUUACUAUGGUGAUCACUCCAGCAGACUGAAUCCUAUUGGUCAGACCAGUCCUGGAUGAAUUCUCCUCCAUUAAAAUCCCUUUAACACCAUCAGAAUCACAUCGAAUUAGAACGAACAGACUGAAAAGGGAGCAGUUGAAAAAGGCAUCUGGCUAGAUGAAUACAGCAAUAUUUCAUAGCAUAACUACAUUAACCUUAAAAGCCAUGGUUUUGAAACCCUUUACAAUGUGGCAUCUACAAUAACAUGCUUUCUGAGAACAGUUUUCAGUGUUAAACAUAAUCUGCAAAUAUCUACAUACAAACAAAUAUCUUCUCAUGCUGAGAAAUUAGCAUGUAUAGCCAAUAUAGAUUUAUACAAAAAUCUACUCAACAAAAUUGUAUUUGUAAAAAAAGCAACAAACAUUCUGAAUAAUGAAUGUAAAAUACUUACACAAUUAUAUGUACAUUCCACAGUCUAUCUAUCUCUGUUCAUAACUGUGACUGAAUAAGCAUCUCAGAGUUUAUGUAAAUUACGCUUUACAUGUUUUAUGUGGAUUAUACUCAAUGUAUUAUUCAUAUGUAAAAUGCAGCAGGCUUGAAAAUGCCUGUUUUGUGGCCUUGUCAAACACAAGAAUGUUGUCCCAAAUGCGCAAUCAUAAGAUAUAUAUACACUGAUGGACAGAACUGAGAUUAUUAUGGAUGUGGUUUCAUUUUGGUGCAAACAGUUGUUUUAUAAGCAUGUGGCUAUUUGAUUGAAUAGCACAAGAUCAUCAUAAUGGUUGGGAAUUGUGUUUUUGCAGGUGUUUUAGCAUUAAAUAUAUUUUCUUUUGGAUGUACAGUGUAUUCGCCGUUGUUAGUGCAGUGCCUGUUUGUUUGCAUUCAGUGGUAAUUUUGUGAUGUUCUAUUCUCUUAUUGUACAUGAACAAGCUUUAAAUUGUAUUCAGAAAGAGUGGGUUACAAAUGAUUGUUACCAUUUCUGGAAUAUAUUUGUUUUUGAAUGAAGAAAUACCUUGGAAGUUGGAUAUAAAGUUCUCUUAUUUUGCUUGAAUGUUUUUCUACACUCUGAGGAUUUACUCAUUUACAUUUUUUUAUGAUCUUCUCUCCUGUAAUGUUCGGUUCUUGCAUUCUGUCUGUGUCUUUGUCUGUGUUGAAAUGGAGAUCAAAUGUGUUCAAAUCUAAAAUGAAAAUAAGAAUUAAAAAGUAUAGCACAACAAA